AUGGCUGCGGAGAACUCGGAGCAACGUGUCCCCCUGGAUGUUGCCCUUCCCCUUAUACCCACUCGAGCGGUCUUCACCUCGACACAAUGGAGGACUCUUCUGGCUCUAGCUGACACCGUGAUUCCGUCCAUCCGCUCCCCCGUCGCAUACAAGUCCAAGGCAACCAAGAUUGUCACAUCUCAAGAGAUGGAACGAGCUCGUACAACCCUAACCUCCAAGAUUCCUGGCCCCGAUGCGGCUACAAUUGCCGGUCAGUAUCUACGGGAGUCUGCCUCCUCGAAUAACACGUUUCGUGAGGGACUGCAACGUCUAUUCUCGGUCUAUGUCCACGACGAGGGAUUGAACGGCAUUAAGUUCAUUCUGAAUGCUCUAAAUACACGGCCUGGCUCCCUCCUCCUGACAGGGUCAGUGAUCCUGAUUCGAGACCAGCCUGUUGACGUGCGUGAAGAGAUCUUCCGCAGCUGGGAGACCUCCCGGAUCAAACCACUUCGAGCUAUCUACCGGGCUCUAUCCACCAUCUUCAAGAAGACUUGGAUUACAUUUAGCCCAACGCUCAACCUAGCCAUCGGUUUUCCUCGUGUGCCAGUCUAUGGGAAACCUGUGGAUGGCUUCAAGUAUGAAUUCUUGCAGUUCCCUCCCAGUGAGGAUCUUGAAAUCAUCGAAACAGACGUUGUCAUUGUCGGGAGUGGCUGUGGUGGGAGUGUCGCGGCCAAGAAUCUCACCGAGGCGGGCUACAAGGUGAUUGUUGUGGACAAGUCGUAUUACUACUCGUCUGACCACUUUCCAAUGGCCGCAAACGAGGGCUUCAUCAGCAUGUUUGAGGGAGGAGGCGGUGUCGUCACCGACGAUGGAUGUACCGCCAUUCUGGCAGGCUCCACCUGGGGUGGCGGUGGCACAGUCAACUGGUCCGCUGCUUUGCAGACACAGGGAUACGUACGGGAGGAGUGGGCAAACAGUGGGCUUCCGUUCUUCACCAGUCAAGAAUACCAGAAGUGCUUGGAUCGUGUCUGCGACCGGAUGGGUGUGGGGAGUGAGCAUACCGAACACAACAAAGCCAAUCGUCUCAUCCUGGAAGGGGCUCGCCGACUGGGCUAUUCUGCCAAAGCGGUGCCCCAGAACACAGGUCAUGGCCCGCACUACUGUGGCUACUGCACUCUGGGCUGUCACACGUGUGGGAAGAAAGGUCCUAUGGAGACGUUCCUCGCCGACGCCGCUCGGGGAGGGGCAAUGUUCAUCGAAGGAUUCCGCGCGGACAAGGUUCUGUUCGAGGAGAAGCCAUAUGGAACAGUGGCUUCGGGCGUGGAGGGAACAUGGACCUCAAGGGAUUCGUACCUGGGUGUGUCGGGUGUGGAUGCGGUGAAGCGCAAGGUGAUCAUCAAUGCAAAACGCGUGGUGGUGUCCUGUGGUUCCUUGCAAAGCCCUCUGCUUCUCAAGCGGAGUGGACUGAAGAACUCACAGAUCGGUCGCAACCUUCACCUUCAUCCAGUGAUUGUUGCUGGUGCCGUCCUCAAUGAAGAGGUUCGACCUUGGGAAGGAUCGGCACUGACUACUGUCGUCAAUGAAUUCGAGAACCUCGAUCGAAAAGGCUAUGGUGUCAAGAUUGAGGCUCUGUCCAUGCUGCCUUCCGCCUACCUUCCCCUCUUCCCAUGGCGUGGUGGACUGGACUAUAAGAUGUGGGUGCUUAACCUGCCACGAACGGUGGGGUUCAUCACACUCACCCGGGACCGAGAUGGUGGACGAGUGUACCCAGAUCCGGUUGAUGGGAGAUGUCGCAUUGACUAUACGGUGUCUGCCUAUGACCGUAAGCAUAUGCUUGAGGCACUUGCUGGUACUGCCAAGAUUGCUUUCGUUGCUGGCGCUAAGGAAUUUCAUACGACCUGGCGAGAGCUGACCCCAUACAUCCGGCCUGAGAUGACACCUUCUGAAGCUGCGGAAGGCACUAACAACGCGUCCUUCCAAGCGUGGCUUGCUGAUAUGCGUGCUCAUAAGGUACCAUUCGAGCCCGAGCGGACACAGUUUGCCAGCGCCCACCAGAUGGGAACUUGUCGGAUGGGCGCCAGUCCCAAGUCCAGUGUGGUCGACCCGGACUGUCAAGUGUGGGAGACUCAGGGCUUGUAUGUCGUGGAUGCAUCAGUGUUUCCCAGUGCCAGCGGUGUCAACCCCAUGAUCACUAAUAUGGCGAUCGCUGACUGGGCUAGUCGCAACAUCGCCAAAUCACUGGGAGACAGCCGUGAGAGGCACCCGAUGGCCCGGUUGUAG